ACGCGCAGAAAUUCAAUUGAAUGGAAAUCCCACCACGAUCGCCAUUCCAUCGUCAGUCAACGUCUCACCUUCACAGCGAUCAGACGCGCAAAAGAAACUUUCCACUGCUGCGGUUUUGGAUAUUUCAUUUGUGAAAUCAACUCUCAAUCGAAGAUUUCACUACCUCAGGAUCCUGCAAAACACUUUUAAUCUCUUCGUGUUGUGACAUUUUGGCGGUGACGCGAGAUAAAGGCGCUCAAGACAAUUUUCCAAGUGAGAUCGCGAUCGUGAAAUUGGUUGAUUCAUCUCCAUUUGAUCCACACUGCAGAGAAAGUCACACACCACAUACAUUAAUUCAUGGUCAAAAUACUCCAAUAAAAAAAUAAAUAAUUUUAAAAGUAAAACAUUUCAAGUGCACCCAAUGAAUGGAUAAGUCUACCCAGUGAUCAUCAGUGCGAUCGUGCUAAGGAUAAAAUUGAUCUUCGAGGAGGUUCAGUGUUUUUUCAUGAAAUUGUUUGCGAGAGUAUUUCAAAAUGCCAACACUUUGGUCCACUCUGAUGACUCUCAUUCUGGUCCCCUCGUGUCUGGCCACACCACUUCCCGUACCCAUUGAGUACCCACUCGCCUACAAUCAAAAUCUUCAGUCACUUGCAACACCGCGAGAGAUCAAUGACUUGACCGCCGAGACAAUGCAAAAAGCACAGAAGGAUGUCGUCACCACAAUUUCCGAAGUUCAAAAGCUCUUGGCUGCUGAUCCCUCCCUUCCACGACUCACAAGGGGUGAAAUAGCUGAUCUGUUUGAAACUGUUACAAAGGAAGAAUACAUUAAGAGCGUUCGAGUUGGUGAUAUGAAUAGGGCUAAGCACAUGAGAGCCUUGAUGCUGGUCUUACCCUAUAACACCAAGAAUCUUCCCUCGGAAAAUCUCGAAGACUUGUAUACCCGUCCACCAGUCACCAAAGUCAUCCCUUCGGAAGCGAAGCCCCCGGUGGUGCAGAAGAAACCAACUCGACAUCCGGAAAUUGUGUCCAAAAUUGAUGAAUACGCAGCAACAACUUACCAUCCAAAGACUAAGCAGCGAAAGACACAAAAACCUGAUGUUGUUGUGACGACAUUUCACCCAAAGACAGUUCCUGCGUUCACGGCUGAUCCCACAGUGCCCACAAAGGCAACCACCGUGGAGCAAAAGUCAAAAUACAGUAGUCACUAUAGUGCCGAAGUUGCCAAUUUUGAGGAGAAAUCGAAACCGCCGAUGAGAGAAAAUGUAGUUGAUUUACUGGCUGCCAUCGGACUUACUCCAGAUAAUUCACCAACGACGACCACAACUCCCACGCCCACAACCACAAAACAACCCAAACUCACGCCUGAACUCGAAGAGUUGCUCAAGUCAUUUGGAUUCUUGCAGAAUCAGGGACAGAAGGAGGUGGAAAAUGAUGGGCAGAUAGCUCAGGAGGAAACACGAUCAGCCAGCUUUGCAUCUCAGCCAUUCAAACCCCUCCCAGAUUCUCUGGCAAAGCAAGAUUACAGACAAAUUCUUUCAGCACCAAUUCAGUCAGAUGAUUUUGUGGCAUUUAAGCCAAUCCCAAAGGACACUGCCAAAGCCCUCAAUGAUGACAACCGAGAAUUUUUCCGAGCCCUCGGACUCAUUGCUGAACCACAUGAACCAGAAGAAAUUUCAACGGAUAAACCUACGAGUAAGGAACCGAGGAUGAUAAAAAUGCCAGAGAUUGAUGCAGAUCUUCCACUGCCAAAUAAUAUGCUUCAAGCACUGGACAAAGUCGGAAUUGUCCGAAAACCCACGACAACGCAGAAACAGGAAGAAUCUACAACAAUUCUACCUGUUUCUUCCACUACAACAUCCUCAACAACAACAACGACAACGACAACAAGGACAUCGAGAGCUUCAAGAACAACAACAACUACCUCAAAACCCAGUACAACGACCAUUACACCAAGAAAUCACAGGCCAGUUAGAGUAUCCUCCCGUGCCAGAGUAUUUUCCUUGCCUGAAAAGGAUAUGCAAGUGCCCAAGAAAAUAACAAUUCCCACGAGGAAUUCCAAACAGAAGGCCAUUGAAGUGACCCAGGAAGAUCUGGAUCAUCUUCACUAUUUGCUGGACACUAUCCAGAAAUUGGACAAACUCAAUGCCUCAAUUGCUGGAAACACCUCACAAUCCAAAGUGAAAUACGACGCCAAGACUCUGCUGGGAAUUGGUCCUGAUCCUGUGUCUCAUGUUGAGUUGGAACUUGCAAAGAAUGAAGUAAAGCGCCAAAAAGAAGAACAGAAACGACAAACUGAUGAUGCUGUGACCACGAGUCCUGAACCAGUGAGAUUCUCCCUAAAUCUUACAGACUCUGGCGAUUCAACCCCAGAUGAAGCUUCGGAUACUACAGCAAAAUUACCAGAUCUUUCAAGUUCCAGUGAUACAUCUUCAUCAACAACAACAACAACAAGCACAUUCCUACCACCCCUCCUUCUAGCAGAAUCCUUCCCAGGACUCGAUCCCGUAACAGAGAAACCUCUGCCACCACCUCGAAGAACGGGCUUCUACUUCCUCACCGACUGGAACUCUUUCCUGGAAGUGGAAGGUGACAAGGAAAAGGUCGAAAUACGAUUCCAGCCCCAAGCUGGUGACCCAAGUCGUUUCCUUCCAAUCACAGUGCCGUAAUCCUCAUGUCUGCAUCCGAAUUUUGUCUUUAAUGUAAAUUUCAUGGGACUUUUGGUGCUUGAACAAUUUGGGGAAAUGAGCUUCCUUGAUCCUCCUCCUCUCUUUCCACCUCCGAGACAAUUAUUUAAAAAUAUUACCUCUCUUGUAUAGCAUAACUAUUAAGAUUGUAAUUAGUGAUUUGGAAUAAAUAAUAGGAUUAUAUUUUUUUUAUAUAAGCGAAAAUAAAAUCUUAUGCGGAGUUGUGUGACGAUUUUCCAGAAUAAAAAUCUUCCAGAAUGGCAUUUGAAGCGAAAUAAAGA